AUGUUUGUCAAUGAUGAUAUGCAGAGUUUGGUUCAUGAUGCUUUUGGAGUUCCACAUGAAGAUGGAUAUACUCAAGAUCACACUACUUCGAUAGAUGUAGAGAUUGCUAAUGGGCAAGCAGGAGAAUUUUACAAGUUAAUUGAUGCUUCACAACAACAGUUAUAUGAAGGAUGUGAGAAAUUUUCAAAACUAUCGUUCAUAAUCCGUUUGCUACACUUAAAGUGUCUUGGGAGAUUGAGCAAUAAGGUAUUUGAUAUGUUGUUGCAAUUAUUAACAGAAGCCUUUCCAAAUGCCAUGGAUGGUCUACCGAAGUCUUAUUAUGAAUCUGAAAAAUUGAUGAAAGAACUAGGGCUUGGUUAUGAGAAAAUUGAUGCUUGUCCGAAUGAUUGCACUUUAUAUUGGGGGAUGAAUGAAAGAAGAAUUUCUUGUGACACAUGCCAUGAGCUAAGAUGGUGUACUUCUAAUAAAGAUCCUACGGGUGAGAAAAUGAAGAUUGCACAAAAGGUGGUGUGGUAUUUUUCUCUCAAACCAAGGUUGCAAAGAUUGUUCAUGUCUGCGAAGACGACUUCCCAUAUGAGAUGGCAUGCAGAAGGCCGUACGAAGGAUGGGUAUAUGAGAGAUCCCGCUGAUUCCCCAGCAUGGAGCACUUUUGAUAGCUUGCAUCCUGAUUUUGCUAAGGAAUGUCGCAAUAUUCGAUUGGGAUUAGCAUCUGAUGGAAUUAAUCCAUUCAAAUAUAUGAGUGUGUCACACAGCACAUGGCCUGUUAUACUGAUUCCUUAUAACCUUCCUCCAUGGAUGUGCAUGAAAGAGCCCUACUUUAUGUUAUCUCUAUUGAUUCCUGGUCCAUCAGCACCUGGGAACGAUAUUGAUAUUUAUUUGCAAUCUCUAAUUGUUGAGCUAAAGGAUUUGUGGGAACUAGGAGUUGAAACGUAUGAUGCAUCAAAAAAGCAAAAUUUUCAAUUACGUGAUUCACUACUAUGGACAAUUAGUGAUUUUCCAGGAUAUGGAUAUUUGUCGGGAUGGACUACCCAAGGGGAAUUUGCAUGCCCAGUUUGUAAUAGACAAACUCAUUCAAUUAGAUUGAAAAAUGGUGGAAAGCAUUUCUAUAUGGGUCAUCGAAAGUUUCUACCCAAAGAACAUGAGUUUCGGAAGAACAAGCGACUCUUUGAUGGCACGGCUGAGUAUGGAGAAGCACCGCAACCAUUAUCAGGUGAUAUGGUGAUAGAUGAACUAAAAGACUUCUCAAUUUUAUUUGGUAAGCUGAUUAAAGAUAAACCAAAGUUUUUGAACUGGAAAAAGAAGAGUAUAUUUUUUGAGUUGCCAUACUGGAAAGAUAAUGUUGUGCGUCACAACCUAGAUUUCAUGCAUACAGAGAAAAAUGUUUGUGAGAGUAUUUGUGCUACAUUGUUAGAUCUGGAUGGUAAGUCAAAAGAUAAUCUUGAAUCACGCCUUGACUUGGAAGCAAUGGGAAUUAGGCCUGACCUUCAUCCAAUUUCAAAGGAACCUGGAAAAGUUUAUUUACCUGCAGCAGCUUUUACAAUGAGCAGGAAGGAGAAAACUUUGUUUUGUGAGGUUUUAAAAAAAAUUAAAGUUCCCGAUGGUUAUGCCUCAAACAUUUCAAGGUGUGUUAAGGUAAAACCACCGAGGCUGUUAGGCUUUAAAAGUUAUGAUUAUCAUAUUAUGAUGGAACAAUUAUUGCCUAUAGCAUUGCGCAAAACUCUCUCCAAGACAGUUCGCUCACCUUUAAUUCACUUGAGUAAGUACUUUAGAGAGCUAUGUUCUAAAGUAAUUUGUCCUACCGAUGUAGUUCGUUUAGAGAAAGAUAUUGUUGUGGUACUUUGUCAAUUGGAGAAGAUAUUUCCACCAUCAUUUUUCGAUGUUAUGGUCCACUUGACUGUUCAUUUGGCCACAGAAGUAAAGCUAGGUGGGCCCGUUCACUACCGUGGAUGCACAUUGAAAUCCUAUGUGCGUAAUAGGAGCAAACCCGAAGGUUCGAGUGCUCAAGGAUAUCUAGCUGAAGAAUGUUUGACAUUUUGCUCUUUGUAUUUAGCUGACUAUGUGGAGUCAAAGUUUAAUCGGCCAUCUAGGAAUGAAAUUGUGAAUGACAAUGCAAACACUGGAUUAGAUAUAUUUGCAAUCAAAUGCCGUUCUCUUGGAAAAGGAAUUGCUAUGAGAUUUGAUGCUGAAAUAUUGACAAAAGCUCAUCAAUAUGUAUUGUUUAAUUGUGAGCCUGUUAGACCAUACAUUGAGCUACAUCAGACAAUAGUUAAACAAUCUAAUCCUCGUGUUGCACGCCAUCAACUUGAACGCAUUCACAAUGAAAGCUUUGCUGGUUGGUUUGCUCAAUAUGUUGCAGAGUUACAAAUCAAUGAGGAAAAUUCAGCAUUAAGAGAUUUGAAAUUACUUGCUGGUCGGCCUAAUUUUAUUGGAGUGAAAUAUAAAAAGUGUAUUGUGAAUGGUUUUAGGUUUCACACGAAAGAUUUGGAGAGUACGAAGAAAACACAAAAUUGUGGGGUGCGUGUAAAGGCUACAACAUCAAGUUUUUCAAGUACUAGGGAUCAAAAUCCAAUCUUAAGUGACUUGGAUUAUUAUGGAAUUCUAACAGAUAUCAUUGAGCUAGAUUAUGGUUGUGUACGUAGGGUUGUAUUAUUUGAUUGUGAGUGGGUGUCGAAAGGUAAACGAUUCACGACAGAUGCUGAUGGAUUUACAUUAGCAAAUUUUUCCAACGUGAAACGUCACAAUGAACCAUUUAUUCUAGCAUCCCAAGCAGAGCAAGUUUUCUAUGUUGAAGAUCCAGUUGAGCCACAAUGGAGUGUAGUAGUAUCCACAACUGCACGAGCCCAUUACAAUAUGGAAUCUGUUGCUGAUGUCGACACAUAUUUACAAAGCAAUUUAUGUGUUCCUCCUGAUCAUGGAGAAUCUGGUGACUUUCGUUGGGUCCGUGAAGAUGUCGAUGGAAUUGAGGUUGACAUUAAUCAAUGA